ACUCAUCCAAGAUUAAACAGAUAUGGAAUACUAUCUUGUAAAAUGGAAAGGAUGUCCAGAUUCUACAAACACUUGGGAACCUUUGCAAAAUCUCAAGUGUCCAUUACUGCUCCAGCAGUUUUAUAAUGACAAGCAUAAUUAUUUAUCUCAGGUAAAGAAAUGCAAAGCAAUAAUUCCAAAAUACAAUAGCAAAGCUUUGAAACCUGCCAUUGCUGAGUACAUCAUAAAGAAGGCCAAACAGAGGAUAGCUCUGCAGAGAUGGCAAGAGGAGCUCAACAGAAGAAAGAAUCAUAAAGGAAUGAUAUUUGUUGAAAAUACUGUUGACUUAGAGGGCCCACCUUCUGACUUCUACUACAUCAAUGAAUACAAACCAGCUCCUGGAAUCAGCCUGGUGAAUGAAGCCACCUUUGGUUGUUCAUGCACAGAUUGCUUUUUUGAGAAAUGCUGGCCUGCUGAAGCUGGAGUUCUUUUGGCUUAUAAUAAAAUCCAACAAAUUAAAAUCCCACCUGGUACCCCCAUUUAUAAAUGCAACUCGAGGUGCCAAUGUGGACCUGAUUGUCCCAAUAGGAUUGUACAAAAAGGCACACAGUAUUCACUUUGCAUCUUUCGAACUAGCAAUGGCUGUGGCUGGGGUGUAAAAACACUUGUGAAGAUUAAAAGAAUGAGCUUCGUCAUGGAAUAUGUUGGAGAGGUAAUCACAAGUGAAGAAGCCGAAAGACGGGGACAGUUUUAUGACAACAAAGGAAUUACUUAUCUCUUUGAUCUGGACUAUGAAUCUGAUGAGUUCACAGUGGAUGCAGCUCGAUAUGGAAAUGUGUCUCAUUUUGUGAAUCACAGCUGUGACCCAAAUCUUCAGGUGUUCAAUGUUUUCAUUGAUAACCUUGAUACUCGUCUUCCCCAAAUAGCAUUAUUUUCUACAAGAACCAUAAAUGCUGGCGAAGAGUUGACUUUUGAUUAUCAAAUGAAAGGUUUUGGAGGUGUCUCUUUAGAUUCGAUUGACCAUAGCCCAGCUAAAAAGAGGGUCAGAACAAUAUGCAAAUGUGGUGCUGUGACUUGCAGAGGUUACCUCAACUAAAUUUUUGGAAAAUACAGCUGGUGAUAAUUUUGUUUUUCUCAGAUGUAACAAUU